AUGAACCACCUCGUUUGGAAGCGCUAUCAAUCCUCCUCAGGCGAUGGUUCAUCCGCCCUCUUUCGGCCCCUGCGGACCCGAUCCUAUUGCUCUCUGGCGGAAGUCGAUUUCAACCUCCACAAGUCCAACAGCACAUUCUACGCCGAUCUCGAUAUUAGCCGGAUCGAGUUACUACUGCUACUCUUCAAGGAUGUUAUUACACCAUUAUCUCCCCCAUCGAGAAAGCCCCACAGUGAAAGAGCCCACAAAAGCGACGAGAAACAAACCGGAACCUUGAAACAUCUCACUCCUGCUCUUGGCGGCGUGUCGUGUAUCUUCCGAAGGGAGAUCAAGCCCUGGCAGCGGUAUGAUGUCGAGUCACGAAUUCUGUGCUGGGAUGACAAAUGGUUGUACAUUGUUAGCCAUUUCCUGAAGCCCGGUAUGGCGAGCUCGGAGGAAAAUAUUCUUGCGUCGGCUAUCUCGAAGUAUGUUUUCAAGAAGGGUCGACGGACGAUAGCACCAAAGGAGGUUCUCCAGUUCCUACAAUUGUUGAAAGAUGGCGAUGAUGCUGAUGCUGAUGCUGAUGUCAACUCCAAUGCUGACGCUCACGCUGAUGCUGGCAUUGGACGGUCGGAAAUGGGGCCGAAGGGUGGAUAUGCUCUGUUGGCCGUCCUCCAGCUAACCCUCGUCGGCCUCUGGGCGGCGCCGUCGGGAAAAACCACUCGAGCUACCGUCGCAACGGCAGUCGUGUCCUGGCUGGCUUCCAUCAUCUUCGGUAUUCUUUCGCACUAUGAGCAUAUCUGUACUAUUCGACCUGCUACCAUCAACUGUGGCUAUCUGUUUCUUUCCUCGAUCAUGUCCUUGGCCGAGACCCGCACAUUGUUCUUCCUGGAGAAGAACCGAUCGAUUGCGGUUCUCUAUACGGUGACCUUGUGCAUAAAGGUGGUGUUGUUGAUUACCGAAACCAUGUCAAAGAGGUCCCUUUUAAGACGAAACUACAAAGAUUCACCUCCGGAAUCGACCGUGGGGAUUCUGGGAGAAUGUCUCUUCUGCUGGCUCAACCCGCUCUUAAUGCUCGGCAAUCGCAUGGAUCUGACGGUUGAGCUGCUUCCCCCAAUCGAGGACUCACUUCGGUCUACAGGGCAUGGUGAAAGCGGGUUGCAUGCGCUCUGGAGAAAGAGGCCGAACCGGAAUUCCCCUCACAGUUUGCUUUGGGCAUGCUGUCGAUACUACUUGGUUCCAAUCCUGUUAGGCGUCUUUCCUCGAGCACUACAGGUGGCCUUCACGUUCGCACAGCCCUUUCUGGUCGAAGCAACCACGACCUGGGUGGCAUCGAACGAGCUUACUCACCCCAAGGCACAGGGAUACGCACUGAUCGGUGCCUUUGGGAUAGUUUACACAGGUAUCGCGGUUUCUACGGCCUUCGCCCAUCAUCAGGCAUAUCGAGUGGUCUCCAUGAUACGGGCCGAUCUGGUCGACAUGCUCUACAGUCACGUCAUGGUCAUGCGUGACAUUGACGUCGAAACCAGCGCCCCCGUUACUCUAAUGAGUGCCGAUAUGGAACGUAUUUCAGGCGGUCUACACUACAUUCACGAUGCCUGGGCUUGUAUUGUGGAGAUUCCUAUUGCGCUAUAUUUGCUAUGGCGUCAGCUGGGGGUCGCCAGUAUCGCCCCGAUCAUCGUGGUGUUUAUUUGUAUGGCCUUGUCAUUGCUCAUCUCUGGACUGGCCGGCCCUCGCCAACAGGUCUGGCUCGAGGCCAUUGAGAAACGUGUUGAUAUUACUGCAAAGGUUUUGGGAUCUGUAAAAGGGGUCCGCACGGCUGGAUUGACCGACAAGCUGUUCAACCUCGUCCAGACGAUGCGCGUUGAAGAAGUCGUCAAGUCCGAAAAAUUCCGUCGACUGCUGAUCCUGGUAGUUGGUGUGGCAUACAGCAACGUCACACUCUCCCCGCUGGCCUCAUUCACCAUCUACGCCCUCAUAGCACGACAUAAAGGCAAUGAAACCCUGACGGCUGCCAAGGCGUUCACAUCGCUCACCUUAUUCACUCUUCUUGCCACUCCAAUCUCUAACCUGGUUGAAGCUGCAACGGGUGUCGCCACCGCAAUCGGCUCCAUUAAACGAGUGAACGAGUUUUUGCAGUCAGACCCACGAAGGGACGACGCACAUGAACCCCGAGGGACUCGGAGCAACAUCAGCAUCCCCGCCAGCGUUUUAUCUAGCGCACUGACGGAGAUUGGAGUCGUCUACGACGGAAAGGGUAUGUCGGUUGUGGAAGGAGUGCCCAGUAUCUCCAGUCGUGAGAAGUUACCCUUGUACUACGAAGUCACUGGUCCAGUCUUUGUGGCAGAGGGCCGCAGCGCUGGCUGGGAAGAGGGCAAGCCAGCUGUCGUACAUGAUUUGACCUUUGAGAUCCAUCGAGGCACGGUGACGUUUGUCGUUGGGCCCGUCGGGUCUGGGAAGUCCACGUUUGUGCGUGCGUUGCUGCGGGAGACGCCCAUUUUUUCGGGAGGGUUGAAGGCUGAUCCCGACUCGAUUGCGUACUGCUCGCAGACACCAUGGUUAACAAACAAUACCAUCCAGGAAAAUAUCUUGGGAGAGUCACUUUUCGACCUGCGCUGGUAUAAUACUGUGAUCGAGGCGUGUGCCCUACAUGACGAUAUCCGCAAACAACCCAAUAGGGAUAAGACCAUGUUAGGGACUCAGGGCGCAAUUCUUAGUGGAGGCCAGAAGCAACGCGUGGCCCUGGCUCGGGCUGUCUACUCCAGAACAGAGACUAUUAUCCUAGACGACGUCUUCAGCGGACUGGACCGCACCACGGAGGAUGCGGUCUUCAAUGCGCUGUUAGCCCCAGGGGGGCUUUUACGGAAGCUGGGUACGACGGUGAUCAUGACGACAAACAGUCCCAUCUGGGUGGAGAAAUGGGCAAGUUCAAAUGUUGAUCAUCCCAACGAGAGACUGGGAUAUUGGCUCGGGAUUUAUGCGUUUAUCGCCGUUAUGGCCACUUCUACACUUGUCACUUCCUGCUGUGCCCCGAUGUCAUUUUUCCAGACCACCGAUCUAGGCAACACGACGAACCGAUUCAGCCAGGACCUGCAGCUGAUCGACAUGGAGCUCCCCCUCUCUGUCCUGAAUACGAUCCUUACCUUCUUCACCUGUGUUGCCCAAAUGGUAGUCAUUUGCACCGCCACGGGCUACAUCGCCGCCACCAUCCCAGCGUGUAUAAUCGCCUUUUAUUUUACCCAACGGUUUUACCUUCGCACCUCACGACAAAUCCGAUAUUUAGAUAUCGAAGCCAAAGCCCCGCUGGUCUCCCACUUCCUCGAAAGUCUGAGUGGCCUGUCCACCAUCCGGAGCUACAAGUGGGAACACCAUUACCGUCGACGCAACAGUAAAUUGCUCAACGAUUCCCAAAAGCCUUUCUACCUGCUUUUCGCCAUUCAACGCUGGCUCGAACUGGUCAUUGCCCUGAUGGUGGCCGGGUUUGCCGUCGUCCUCGUAUCCAUAGCCGUCGCCACGCGUGGGAAGGUUAGCGCGAGCUUCAUUGGAUUGGCACUGCUGAAUAUUGUCACCUUUACCGAAAACUUGCAGGGUCUAAUCAAACAAUGGACAGUUUUGGAGACAUCCAUCGGGGCAGUGGCACGAAUUCGUAACUUCAAGUCUACUAUUGAGUCGGAGCACCUGGAAGACGAGACAGCGGUGCCUCCGCCAGAUUGGCCAGCCCAGGGAGCAAUCGAGUUCAGCAAUGUGGUGGCUUCCUACAAAAACUCCUGGACCCGUGCACUUGAUAAUAUCUCUCUAUCGAUUAAGCCAGGCACCAAGGUUGGGAUCUGUGGUCGCUCCGGAAGUGGAAAGUCUUCACUAGUAUCUUCACUCUUCCGCCUCAUUGAACUGACCAGCGGGACGAUCAAUAUUGACGGGCUAGACAUAUCUCUGCUGGGCCGCAACCACCUGCGCGCUCAGCUGAAUUGUAUCCCCCAGGAGCCAUUCAUCUUGCCCGGCUGUUCGGUUCGCCUCAAUGUGGAUCCUGGCAUUUCAAUCCAUGACGACAUCAUCAUUGAUGCCUUAAAGAAGGUUCAACUAUGGGAUGCCGUUCGAGGGCUCGGUGGCCUAGAUGCUACAAUUUCGCCUGAUACUUUCUCCCCGGGCCAAAAGCAACUUCUUUGCUUCGCCCGCGCGAUGGUACGACCGGAGGGGAAGAUUCUAGUCCUCGAUGAGGCGACAAGCAGCAUCGACACCAAAACGGAUGACCUCAUCCAGUCGCUCAUCAGGAGUGAAUUUGCUGAUCAUACUGUCAUCGCCAUUGCACAUCGACUGGAAACCAUUGUUGAUUUCGAUGAGAUUAUUGUCGUUGAUGCCGGGCGCGUCGAAGAGCAAGGUCCGCCGGCGGUUCUGCUCGAGCGCGGAGGAGCAUUUGCGGAGUUAUAUUGGGAUAAGGAUCGGAGUUCGGAUAGGACUCCUUUAAGGCUUUAG